GUUUACGAUGGUAAAUAUUACCUAUGUGACGCUGGAUACACCACAAUGCCAGGUUUCAUAUCCCCGUAUCGCGGUGUCCGAUAUCAUUUAAAAGAGCACACCGGUAGGACACCAAAGAAUAGGAAGGAGUUGUUCAAUUUAAGGCAUUCAUCUUUAAGAUCAAAAAUUGAGUGCACAUUUGGGAUACUGAAGAAUCGGUUUAAAAUUCUUGCGGGGAAGCCGAAUUAUCCAUUUCCCACUCAAGUGGACAUUGUACUAGCGUGUACUGUGUUGCACAACUUUAUUGCCUUGGAGGAUCCGGAUGAUGAUAUUUUAAAUGAAAAUGUUGAAAUUGAUGAAGAUACUGGGGAAGAGACAAAUGAGGACGAAUCAAAUGUGAUGGACUAUACUCAAAGUAGGACACAAAGAGAGGAUCGAGAUGUUAGAAAUGAAUGGAAGGAGUUACGAGAUCAAAUUGCUUGGGCGAUGUGGGUGGAUUAUUGUGCAAAGUACAAUGGUGGUAACACAAUGGAGAGCGGUUUAACUUAG